CUUUCCAGCUCGCACCUGACGUCAUCGGUUCCGUCCCAACACGGAAAUAUGGACAAGUGACAAGAGGGGUUGUGUUUCUGUGAUUAUGGGUCUAUAACGCGUCAACUCGGCGGGACUUAAAGUGUCAUUCGGGACGAUGUUAAAGGACCGGUGCUAACUCUCCGACAAAUGGACACUUCCGCUCCUGGAAAUGGAGAGAGGGUUCACCCUCUGUUGUUAGUUCAAUAGCUUUAGUCCUCGCGUUUGUUCAGAGCCAUGAAAGAAAGAGUUUUGAGGGUCAUGGGGCCCCUGAGGCGACUGCUGCUUUGUCUUCUUCUUCUGCUGUCCUGGGAAGGCAAACUAUUUCAGGUUGAAGGGGUAAGGUCAGUCACUCUUCCAGAAUCCCUCCUGUUCGUCUCCACGCUGGAUGGCAAUCUUCAUGCUGUCUCCAAACAGUCAGGAGAUAUCAAGUGGACCCUAAGAGAAGACCCCAUUAUUCAGUUACCAGUCUACCUCACAGAGCCAGGUUUCCUUCCAGACCCAAACGAUGGCAGUUUGUAUGUCCUGGGCGGCAAGCACAAGGAAGGCCUGAUGAAACUGCCCUUCACAAUCCCAGAGCUUGUUCAGUCAGCACCCUGCAGGAGCUCUGACGGCAUACUAUAUACAGGUAAAAAGCAGGAUGUAUGGUUCGUGGUGGAUCCUGAGACAGGUGAGAAGCAAACCAGUUUAACCACAUCUGCCUCUGAAUCCAUCUGCCCCAACACUCCUCUGCUCUACAUUGGACGCACAGAAUACAUGAUCACCAUGUUUGACACUAAGACACAGGAGCUGCGAUGGAAUGCUACGUACAACGAUUACUCUGCUCCACCUUAUGACGAGAAACAAGAUUACAAGAUGGCCCAUCUUGUGUCGAGCGGUGAUGGUUUGGUUGUGACAGUUGACAGAGAGUCAGGUGAUGUCUUGUGGAGUCAGAACUAUGGCUCACCUGUCGUGGGUGUUUACCUGUACUCCGGCGAUUCGCUAAGACAUGCCCCCCACCUGUCCCUCGCCAGGGAGACUCUUCGCUUCCUCACCUUCUCCUCUACCAACGACCAGGAAGACGCCCACUCUACACUGAAGUGGAGCUAUCAGUUUGUGAAGGAGCAGGCCAGUGCACAGGCACAGCUCAUACCAACCCUCUAUGUGGGUAAAUUGGACUCUCACCUCUAUGCCUCCACUUCCCUUGUCCACCAAGGGGUCUCAUUGGUGCCUCGGGGACUAACCCUGGCUGGAAUUGAGGGUCCUGUCACUUCUGGAGUAACUGUCAGAGAGCGAGGGGAGUGUGAGAUCACACCAUCCACCGAUGUGCGAUAUCCACCAGGAAGCACAUACAGCCGGAAAAACCACUGGCUGUUCAUAGGUCAUCACGAGCUCCCUCCGGUGGCUCACACUACCAUGCUGAGGGAUUUCCCAGCCGGCCUGCAGCGCUCUAGUGAGGCAGUCAUCCCCCCUCGACAACCCGCCUCCCCUUCCUCUCCCAUCUCCUCUGCCACGUACUACCACGAGCGCUAUUUCCACACUGAUGCUGGUGGCCAUGAUGACACUGAUACUAACAGAGAAGGAGUUGAUGGGAAGAAACCACGGCAGGCGCAGAGACCGGCAGCUGUGCUGCCUGUGUUUAUAACUCAGGAUCGUCUCACUCUGGCUGUUCUGACGCUUCUGCUGGGAGGAUGGCUGGCUUUUGCACUCACUUACCCUGUUCGAGCAGCACAGCAGCUUAAAGCUCAAAGGCAGCUGGAGGAGGCCUUGGAGUCUCGUCUGAGGCAAACGCAGACAAACACUCAGACAGUGACCUCGGUUUCUUCAGACACAACCCUUUCUACCGACACAAACCUCUCCAACAACUCCCUGCCCGCUCCUGCUGAGCCUCCACCGAAUCCUCCCUCUCACGGCAGCAGCACUUCAGAUGUCAAUAAAAAUAGCACAGCUGGGCUUAAACCAACAGAAGAAGGAAACAGUGAGGAGGUGCUUGUGGGUAAAAUCUCCUUCACUCCAUCUGAAGUGCUUGGACACGGCUCAGCAGGAACUUUUGUCUUCAGGGGUAACUUUGAUGGACGUCAAGUCGCGGUUAAGAGAAUUCUGCCAGAGUGUUUUGAGGUAGCGGAGCGUGAGGUGCAGCUCCUCAGAGAGUCUGACACACACCCUAAUGUCAUUCGAUAUUUCUGCACGGAGAGAGACCGCCUCUUCUCUUACAUUGCCAUCGAACUGUGUGCUGCAACCCUGCAACAGUAUGUGGAGGAUCCGUCUCGUUUUGCAGAGCUGAGUCCUAUAACUCUGCUGGAACAGACCAUGUGUGGCCUCUCACAUCUCCACUCGCUUAACAUAGUUCAUCGUGACCUGAAGCCCAGAAACAUCCUCCUCUCUGGUCCCAGUGCGUUGGGUCGGGUCCGAGCUCUCAUUUCUGAUUUUGGACUCUGUAAGAAGAUACCAGAUGGUCGCUGCAGCUUCUCUUUGCGCUCAGGAAUACCAGGAACAGAGGGGUGGAUAGCUCCUGAAGUAUUGCGAGAUACUCCUGGCAACAAACCGACGGCAGCAGUGGACGUUUUUUCAGCAGGCUGUGUGUUCUACUUCGUGGUCAGCAGGGGGCAGCACCCUUUUGGUGAUUCAUUGAGAAGACAGGUCAACAUCCUGUCUGGAGAAUAUUCACUCUCACAUUUUAUGGAGGAUAUACAUGAUGACGUCAUAGCGCAGGAUCUGAUUGAGCAAAUGAUCCAUCCUGAGGCCGAGUCCCGCCCCUCCACCGCCUGUGUGCUCAAACAUCCAUUCUUCUGGAGCCCUGAGAAGCAGCUGCUCUUUUUCCAGGAUGUGAGUGACCGCAUAGAGAAAGAACCAGCAGAUAGUCCAAUUGUGAUCAGACUGGAGACAGCUGGAAGAUCAGUGGUUCGAACUAACUGGAGAAUGCAUAUCUCUGUGCCGCUUCAGACAGACUUGAGGCGCUUCAGGACGUAUAAGGGAAACUCAGUCAGAGAUCUGCUGAGAGCCAUGAGGAAUAAGAAACACCACUACCAUGAGUUGCCCCCAGAGGUGCAGGAGACUCUCGGCGAGCUGCCUGAAGGCUUCAUCAGCUACUUCACCUCUCGGUUUCCACGGUUACUGAUGCACACACAUGCUGCCCUGCACAUUUGCGCCCAGGAGAGACUGUUUCACCCCUACUAUCUGCCCCCCAACUCCAAAUAGCAUUAGCUUGACCCUGCACUCCUACACAUACACUGUACAUUCAUAUACUGUUUUUCUGAGCUAAAGUGUUUCCUGACAGUGCCCUGUGAUUGCUUUUGUAAAGUCCAAACUGUUUUCAGGGGGGGGGGGGGAUACAGUGCUGUGAAAAAGUUUUUAAACACCUUAGCUUUUAUUAUGGAUAUGUUUUAUUCGAAGCACAAUAAGUGCAAAGCUCCAGAAAGGCAAUUUGUCCUUUUUUCAUACUUGCAAAAGAAAAUAUUUUUUUAAAUUAUGUCUUUUUAUGUUACUCCAACAAAAUACACACCAUGAUCCUUCAUACUACUGUAGUCCUUUUUCUUUUGCCUCAAAGGAAGAGAAACCAACUAAAAGCAUUUUUUUUUAAUCUUGUUUGCAGUAGUUUAAUAGGAUAAUCCAAAAAUGCUCCAUACUGGACACAUUUUUCCUGUUCUUUAACCCAGUUUAUUAAAUGAUAAAAUCAGGUAAGAGAUGGACAGGAAAUAAGUAGAGUGAGAUGUAACAUGAAUCAUUAUGGCCUUAAAAAGAAUUACCUUAAAUUACUUUAAUGUAACAGGGAAAAUGACACUGAUUUUAUGAAGUUAUAAACAGUAAAACAGUGGGCAAAUAAAAAGCGUCACAGCCCAUGUGUGAGGAGCACAAAGUUAAGUUACUACUGCAGGUUUUAUCUAAAGAAGAUCUUGUGUUUCCGUUAAACAUGCAGCUGGCAAGGCUGCACAUCAACAGUGAGUAAGAAUUUAUUUCUUCCAUGCCUUCGUCACUGCUGUAUUUUUCUCCACUCUGGAAAAUGCCAAAGAAAGACUCCACAAAAUGUACUUUGCUUUUUGUUUUGAUGAAUUUAAUGUUUGUGUGUGUGUCUGACACUGCAUUAUGUAAUGUAGCUACACUGACUGACGAUUGUACUGAGACUUGCUUUCCACAAAUGCAACAGUGGGAAAAAGGUUUGGUCUGUAACGUUUAAAUUAAUACAUUUUUUAAAGACCUGUUUAUAACACAGUUGAAAUAUAUUUCAGAACUCCUACGUUUUGGCAUUGCUUGAUUUUAUUUGGCAUCCCAAAAUACCACUGAAUGCUCAGAGCCAUUUGAAAUGUAUCCCUGUAACUACUGGAUGAAGGGUUGUUUAUAGAUUGCAGUAGAAUGAAUGAUGAAGAAUUUAACUUUUGUACUUUUUUGAAUGAAUACAUUAAAUUGAUGCUUUGGUUGUGCCAAAGAAUGAAGUUAA